UCGGGGAGGUGCAUGGUGAGAAGAUAUUGAUGAUACCAACUCCACAGUACAGCGUCUGUCAGGCUCUGGUCAGCAUAACUGACGACCUGAUCCUGAAGGGCCAUGAUGUGACCGUCUAUCAGCUGCAAGGCUUUCAUACCUUGUGUCCGGGUGGAAACAAAACAAAAGUCAUAACCUAUAAACCCACGGGCCUGGAUUUGAAAAAAGCAAUGACACACUCGCGAAAUUUUAUCAGGACAGUCAUGUCUACCAAGCCUUGGGAGAAAUCAUUCUGGGGCAUGAUAGACCUGAUUCAGCAUCAGGAGAUUAUAUGUAGGUUUGCACUUGGAGACGAAGACGCCUUCCAGAAGAUUAAGGAGGGAAACUUUGACUUUGUUCUGAUUGACGGAGCCGUUUAUAACGCCUGCUAUGCCGUCAUACCCUAUGCGUUAAAAAUUCCAUUCGGUAUUUAUGGAGACGUUUUGCUGCACUGGCCAGGUCGUCAAUCCUUCAGGCCUCAUACGGAACCAGACGUCAUAAGCCCCGUUUCAGAUGAAAUGUCUCCAUUUGAUAUGGCGAUGAAUGGCCUCAUCAUGUUUGUAAAAUACGUAUAUACGAUGUAUGAGGUUCCCAUACAUCACGUGAAACGCAUUGCCCCAGAGCUAAGUCGCAAGCAGACAGUGGACCUCCUGUUUGCUGCACAAAUAUACCUGGAGAAUGAUGACGCCAUUCUGGGCUAUGCACAUCCUAGACCUCCAAACUCCAUCUUAAUUGGAGGCAUCAUGACAAAGCCCGCCAAAUCACUGCCUGCUGAUAUCGAACAAUUUUUGGACAAGGCGACAGAGGGAGCGAUACUCAUUGCUUUUGGUGGAUCGACUUUUUCACACUUUCCCGAAGAGUACAACAAACUAUUCACACAAGCAUUAUCGGAGGUAAAUAUGCCUGUUAUAUGGAAGCACGACGUAGACAGAACGGAUGGACUUACAAUGAAGAAGACAUGGUUACCCGUCAAUGACAUUCUGGCACAUCCAAACACACGUCUUUUCAUUUACCAUUGCGGGAAAAACGGGGUCUACGAGGCGCUCUACCACGAGGUCCCGGUUUUGUGCCUACCUCUCAUCUACGACUGCGUUCAAGCUGCAGCCAGGGUGACCAGGCGUGGAGUGGGUAAAACGGUGGAGUUGCACUCUCUCACUUCCGAUAAUUUGCGUGAUGCUAUAAAUGACAUACUAAGUAACGAAACGUACGCGUCAAAUACGAAAAAGUUCUCACAAAUAUUCCACAGUUUACAACAGAACCCUCGCCAAAAAGCGGCGUACUGGGUAGAUCACGUGAUCAAACAUGGUGCUCACCAUCUUCAACCUUCAGACAACCUUCGUUGGGCUUUUGCAGAGUUUGUGGAGGUGUCGAUCUUAGUUAUGUUUGCUCUCGUGUCUCCCUUUCUGAUGUUUUUCUUUUGCCUAUUCGCCUUAAAAUCAAAGUUUUUUAAGAGUACUAAAAGAAAUGUGAAACUGGACUGAUUAUAAGAUGGAAUAUCUCUAAUGUCAAUAUACCCAACUGGAAUAUCCCAUCACGUCAGAUCUGGUCAGAAUGACCAGCUAGUAACAACACCCUUGAUGAAACGUUGCUGAUUGUUGCUGAAACAUUUCUGAUUUCAAUGAAAAACCAAAACCCUCAUCACAAUGUUUUACGUGUGCUAUGGUGGCAAAAAACAUUUUAUGGUCCAAGUUUACACCUAAAAUAGCAAGAGUGACAAAUGGCAGAUAUAACUAAGUCUAGGAUAGUUUGUAUGAGUUUUCAGUGAGGCAGUAUAUAGUGACCAUGGCUAGUGAUUGGUGUGCUAAAGUGAAACACGGUCACGAUGAGACGAACAUAUACAUGGCUGACAACUGACUGGCGUUCUAGAGGGAACCACCGUUUUGAGGAGACUAACAUAUGGACGAAACGGAGACUAUCCAAAUAAAAUCCAAUUACUUUUAACGUGAUCCUGAAGCCAGCCAUGUAUGACGGAGAAGUCACGGACAAGUAGUAUACCACAAUUAACAUAUUACAAAGAUAUACUCUGUUGAAACAAUCGUAACAAGUUUCUAUUGAAUUGUGUUACAACAAAUGUAUAUUUAGAUGAUAAGGGUAUUUGUUUUAAAAGGAUGUCUUUGGUAAUAUGCAUUUAUAGGUCGUAUGAGAUGUUGAUUACAAUUUUACUAUCAGAAAAGCAUAAGAUAUCAGUGUAAUUGAUAUAUGUGCCUGUAAACAUGUUUUAACGUUUUCAUUUUUU